UUUUUAUCAACUUUUUAAGAAUAUUUAGGUUAAAUUGAAUCGAAUUGGUUUUUAUAAACGUCAGCGAACACGAUUUUUACAAUACAUUUCUCAAAAUUACACAAAUUUUGUUUACAAACUGCGAUUAUCUCAUUUAAACUCAUAAAUUAAUCGUCAUAAAUAUAAAAAGAAAACAUGUUAUCACAGUGCAUAUAUUGACUUUCUAUUAAUCAGUGAACUCGAGCAACUGCAAGACGAAUUACACUUAUUUAACAAGUUAUGUACAUAAUACAAUCGCAAAGAAGAAUGUUGUUUCAAUUCAAGAUUUUUAUUUUUUUCUUCGUUACACUAACAACUGUAUUUUCAGCAACAAAUAAGGAAGGAUGGUCGAUGAAAACCGGCGAAGUAUUUAAUGAAAAAUCAAAAAUUACGGUAGCUAAAAGCAGCGAGGAAAUUUUAAUGCCACCCUCGUUUUGGCACGAAUAUACACCAUUUGGAAAUCGUAGAACUGCUCAUAUUGGUCGUCAAAUUAGAUUCCCCAUUCGUAAUAAGCCUCCGUCACAUCGUCUACCUCUUUGGAAUGAAGAUGCAUUUAUUAACGAUUAUAGCGAAUAUUGACUUUAUAAAUAUUUCUUUUCAAUAAAAUGAUUAAUAACACAUUUAA